AAUAAGAAUCGAUCUAUUAAAUAUCUCUUCAAGUACAUAAACAAGCCACCAGACAGAGCAAGGGCAACAAUUGUUGAGGAAAGAGCAAAACAUGAUUCAGAAAUUCAAAAAACUGAAGUCCCUUUGGAUCUAGAUGAAAUUAAGGCCUUCCUUGAUUGCCGCUAUUUAGCAGCUGCUGAAGCCUGCUGGAGAAUCUUCAAAUUUGAUAUUCAUUAUCAUUACCCA